UGGUUCAAGACUUCCCCAGUGCUCCUGGCGCUGGGGGGCGGUCCCGGGGGGUCCUCGGUCCCAGCGGGUGCCUAACCCUGGCCAUGUCCAGCGUGGCUGCGCUGAACCGAAGCCAACGGGAAAAGCUUCAGAACUUCCAGCAGGUGACGGGUGCACCGCAGAGACUUGCGAUGGAAUUUCUUCGACGUCUGAACUGGUCACUUGACCAAGCACUCGACGUCUUCUUCCAGGAAGGCCACUCCUGUGGCGUGCAGCAAGAGCAUCUGGACGCCAAGAAACUGGAAGCCUUGUUCAUGAAGUAUGCUUCGUCGGAGGACCAGACCAUUAGACCGGAGGGUAUUGAGGAGCUGUGCAAAGAUCUGCAGAUCAGUGCCUUAGACCCCGUGACGCUGGUCCUGGCCUGGCACUGUCGAGCCAAGCAGAUGGGCAUCUUUACCAGAGAAGAGUUCACCACUGGCAUGCAACGCUUGGGUUGCGACGAGCUGCCCAAGUUGCGUGCCAAGGUGGCGGACAUGCGACAGGCUUUGCAGGACCGAGCUGCUUGCAAGGAGGUCUACGCCUUCACCUUUCAGUUUGCGUUAGAUCAAGGCCAACGUUGCCUGCCGGUCGACAUGUGCAUCGAGUUUUGGAAACUUUUAUUGCCGGCGCAUUUCGCGCUCUUAGAGACCUGGAUCAGCUGGGUAGAGCAGAACGUGAAGAAUCACGUCUCGAAGGAUACCUGGAUGAUGCUCUUUGACUUAGCGACGCAAGUGAAACCGGACUUGUCGGACUACGACCUCCAAAAUGGCGCCUGGCCCGUGGUCCUGGACGAGUUUGUGGAUUUCGUGCGAGCGUCCAGAGGGCAGUGAGGUGGAGGUCGUUCCCAUUGCUGAGUGACUGGCUCCCAGGAAAGAAAUAUCUGCGGAAGGCAUCAGAAAAGAG